CCUCUGUCGGAACAACUUCAAAAAGCCCCCUGAGUCUUAACGUUUUCGCACGUAGUUUCGCGCAGUAUCUUCGUGGGUGGCAGGUUCUUAGUCAUCGCUACGGGCAAACCGGCGGUUACGUCCAGCGCCUCAUCCGAGAUCCAAGAACUGACCCUCCAGCACUCCCUGUUACCUUCGACAUCACCUACAAUUUCUUGGGGAGAACUCACUACGACCCUCACAAAUUGAUCAUCAUCGACAAGGAGAUGCG